AUGAAGUCUGCAACUGCAACUAUUUUGCUGCUCUCUCUUGCAUGUCUUACAGUUUGCGCUCAAUGUUAUGGAGGGAGAGCAUUUGAUCCUCUCACCAAAUUUAUGAAAGCACGAAGGACAAAUACAUCACCAAAUUAUGGUACCACUAAAGAUGUCUCAGGCGAAUACAGACCAGUUUAUGCUGAUGAGGGACUCAAGGCAGCUGAUAUGGUUGUAGGAUUGCCGGGGCAACCGCAAGUUAACUUCUCUCAGUAUUCAGGGCACGUAACCGUUGAUCCUGAUGCCGGUAGAGCUCUCUUCUAUUACUUUGCUGAAUCAGAAGACUCUUCCACAAAGCCUCUUGUCUUGUGGCUUAAUGGAGGGCCUGGUUGCUCAUCUCUGGGAGCUGGAGCAAUGACAGAGCUGGGACCUUUUCGAGUGAAUCCAGAUGGCAAAACUCUUUGGUACAAUCAAUACAGUUGGAAUACUGUUGCAAAUGUUAUCUUCCUCGAGUCCCCGGCUGGUGUUGGAUUUUCUUACUCCAACAGAUCAUCAGAUUACAACACCGGAGAUGCACAAACAGCAAAAGAUGCUUACACCUUUCUAGUUAACUGGUUGGAGAGGUUUCCAGAGUACAAAAGCCGAGACUUUUACAUAACCGGAGAGAGCUAUGCCGGCCACUUCGUGCCUCAGCUUGCUUCACUCAUCAUGCAAAACAACAAAAUCACUAACCAAACUGUCAUCAAGUUGAAAGGAAUUGCUAUAGGGAAUGCAUUGGUUGAUGAUGAGGAUGAGGAUAGAGGGUAUUUUGAGUAUAUGUGGACACAUGCUCUCAUAUCUGACGAAAUCUAUCAAGGGAUCGUAGAAAACUGCAACUUUACACCAGGAGCCAACAUAUCAAACAUGUGCGGAAAUUACGCAUCUGAGGCAGAAGCUGCACAAGGCCAUGUCUUCCCUUAUAACAUUUAUGCUCCCUGGUGUUCCUCCACAUCCUCAAACUCUUCUUCGAUAUUCGGAUACGAUCAAUGCUCUGAUAAUUAUGUGGAUUCAUACCUAAACACUCCUCAAGUACAAAUGGCCCUUCAUGCUAAUGUGAGCGGCAUUCCGGGACCUUGGAGCCUCUGCAGUUCUAAUUUAGUUAACUGGAUGGACUCACCGGACACAAUACUACCUAGCAUUAAGGAGUUGAUGGCUGAUGGUCUUAGAGUAUGGAUAUAUAGUGGAGACACAGACAGCGUAGUGCCAAUCACAGCAACGAGGUAUUCCAUGGCCAAACUGGAGACGCCGGUGAAGACUCCAUGGUACCCCUGGUACAUCCAACAAGAGGUAGGAGGAUACGUUGUUGAGUACGAGAAUGUAACGUUUGUGAGCGUGAGAGGAGCAGGACACUUCGUACCCAGUUAUCAGCCACAGCGCGCUCUAACUCUCUUCACUUCAUUCUUGGAGGGAAGGCUUCCUCCAUCUCACUCUUAGUAGCCAUCAACAAAUGUGUCAAUAAUGUACUACCACAUUAAUAAGCUGGCAUUUGGGUAGAGUCAGCCACACCCCAAAGGGGUUUUGCUUCAAAUUCCCAUGUAUAAUAAAAUGUUUGUUUCCCUUUUUUAUAUCUAUAUGAUUAUAAGACAACUGCGAUUCAACUACAAAAGUUGAUUCAUUAUCUGUAUU